AUGGAAGGAAACAUCUUGCAAAAAUUAUUCAGCAGUAUGUGGUAUAUCCGAGGUAACCACACAGUCACAACAGAGGGAGAACUUCUUUACACAAAUUACAGUAAAAACACUGUAUACAGAGUAACUACAUGCAGUAACAUAUCCGUCCGCAAACUGAUUGAAACAGGGAAUUGGAAACCUGGUGCCAUCUAUUUCUCUCAUAUCUAUGGGCACAUAUUGGUCGGGAUGGGGACAAUUUUAGAUGAGAAAAUAACCAGAUACAAUAGAGAGGGAAGGAAGUUACAGGACAUACAGUGUGAUAAUGAAGGACAAACUCUGUACCAAAGAGUUCACUUUAUCACAGAGAACAUAAAUGGUGACAUUUGUACGGCAGACAGCUCGGCCAGUAAGGUUGUGGUGGUGACCGCAUCAGGAAAAUAUCGGUUCUCUUACUCUGGUCACCACAGUCAGUUAUUAUUUUGUCCCUAUGGAAUCUGUACAAAUGUUCUGGGACACAUUUUGGUGUGUAAUAACUAUUUUAUGUAUAAUACACGUUACUCAAGUGUCCAUCUUCUGGACAUUGAUGGUCAGUUUCUGUCUCUCUUACUCACACCAAAACAAUGUUCACCAUAUCCGUGUGUUCUCUGUAUUGAUAAUCAACACAAUCUCUGGGUAGGGGGAUGGUACAGUUCUACUGUCUCUGUGUACAAGUAUUUGCAGAAAACGGAAAAUUAA